AUGGGAGACGAGCACAAAGUACUCACGCUGGUAGUCCCAGGCGUCCUCAGCAGCCUGGGGGGGCUCGGGAGGGGGCACCACUUCCCCGACAACAGCCUUCCCCCCUGUCACGAGCAUCACUGGGGGCGGCGUGUGACGGGGUUGCUGCGCGCGUCAUUCUUGACGUCACCCAGGGGGGUGGAAACGCAAGUUCACGGUCGUAUAUUUACCACUCUACCUCAUCCCCCCCCUCCCACUCACCAAUUUACGGGGAAAUGGAACUUAUACAGAGGAGGAAAGGGAGAGAUAAGUAAUUCAUACAAUAAACAAUGGAUUCCGAAUACCUUAAACCGAAUAAAAAAAUAUAUGCUUUGAAUCUUGAUUGUCAAGUAGCAGGAAUGAAUGGUUUGCUUGAAGUGCGGGUACACGCAGUGAAAUGAAUAACCUUUCUUUAGAUAGAAAGUUAUUUUUCUACAGUUACGUUAGAUCGUAUUCAUUAAACAUUCAGUUAAAAAAAUAAAAUAUAUAUUUUUUUUAACAUUGAACACUUAUAAU